AUGGUGAAGAGCCGGUACUUGUGCUCGGCUCCUCGCCCUGAGACAUGGGAUGAACGUGCAGAAGCGUUGCUCAACAGCUUGGGGGGAUCCACGGAAAAGAUCGAGUCCACUUUGAAGCAGACGCUCGAGUCGUUGAAAGCCAUGCAUGCGGACAAGCAAAAGACUGGGCCAGGGAGAAAGAGCAACGCGGAACAUGCAAUUGCCUUUUAUGAAUAUGUACUGGAGACUAUCAACGAAAAGAAGGAGGAAGAAGAGAACAAGAAGAAAGGAAAAGAUAAUGACACUGCUUCGACGACGAAUGAUGACGACGACAAGAAACCUGCAGCAACGACGACAUCCACAACAGAAGAUGCAACAACACCGGAACCACCCCCACAACCCGUCAAGCGCAAGCGAGGAAGACCACCUAAGAAUAAGAACAAGUUGAUGGCGGCUGCUGCUGCCGCGGCUAGGACUGGAGAACCACCGAGGAAGAAACCAGCCACUCAAUUGCAGGUAGACACGACAAGAAUGGCCCGAAAAGACAGAUCGCCGGAUGAUCAUUCCAUUGCAUCCAUGGACACGCAAGAAUUCAUCAAUCAACACAAUGAUCUCUGUGAAGUAUGUAGUAAGGGUGGUGAAUUGCUCAUGUGCAGUACCUGCAAUCUCGUCUUUCAUUUGGCAUGUGUGCGGCCCAAAAUGGAAGAAGAACCAGAAGAUUCCUGGGUUUGUGCAUACUGCAUCAUGUCGGGGGUCAAGGGGCUCAAACAAAAUUCCAAACUGCGCAAAAAUGCCGCCGUGGCGGUAAGACUCAUGGCCAGAAUGAGAAAAUCAUUACAGAGACAACGACUCAGAAGCCAGCAAGAGGAAGAAGGGGAAAACAGUGCGGAUGAGGAUGAUGAUAAUGACAAACUGCGGGAAGCAAGGAUCAAUGAACAUAAGAGAUUACAAUCCCUGAGAUCCAAGUUCUUUGGCAACAGAGUCACGUUGGAGGGUGAUGAAAAAAACGACAGUGAAGAAACCAAGGAAGCGGAUGAAGAUGCCAAGCCGCGGGUUGUUGCUGUCAAAGCCAGAAAGGCAACGGAAGAAACAAAGGACGAGGAAGGUGACCGAAUCGUUGUUGCAAAGAGGGCAACAGAAGAGACAAAGGAGGACGAUAAGGCCGUUGCCGAUGCCAAAGAUAACACGGCAAAAGGGGAUGGUAUCCUGCUUGCCAAACCUACUGCAAUUGGAAAAGUAUCUUCCACUGAUGAUGAAGUCAAAGAGGAUGAUGGCGAAGGUGCCAUGGAUGACACUAAUUUGCACGACGACAAUGUGAAAGUUGACGUGGAGGCUCCCAGAGUUGCUGAUUCUGAUGCCAAACCUGCCGCCACGGGGAUUGCGUCUUCCUCGGAUGAUGAAGUCAAGGAGGAUUAUGGCGACAGUCCAAUGGAGGAUGGUAAACAACAGGACAAAGACAAGAACGACGAGAUCGAGGAGGAGAAACCUGAUGCGAAAACUCCUCCCGCCUCUGAUAAUGAGGACGCAGACGACACAUCAACAAGCAAACAAGGAGACGACAAUGAUGAAAAGAUGGAUGCAGGUGCGAAGGAAGAAGGGGCUGCUCAACAAGGCGAUGGAACUGAGGACGAUGCAACGGAUGAGGAAGAGAAAGAACCUACAGUAUUGGAAGACGACAACGUCGACUCCAAAAAGGAGGAAGAGAAGAUUGAUUCCUCAGAAAGCAAAGAGGAAGUCGACUCUAAAGGAGGGGAAGAGCAGAUGGACUCCGGAGAGGAUGGAGAGGACAAUGUCGAGGCUGAAGAGGAAAAGGUUCAGUCCAAAGUUGCUGAAGAGGACAAAGAAAAGGUCGAUUCCGGGGCUGAAGAGGAAAAAGUUGACACCAAAGCGGACGAGGAAAAGGUCGACACCAAAGACGAUGAGGGAGAGACCGGGUCUAAAGAAAGCAAGGAAGAGACCGGGCCCAAAGAAGACAAGGAAGAGAACGAGCCCAAAAAAAACAAGGAAGACGCUGGGUCCAAAGCGGAACAGGAAGAGACGACGGCCAAAGGCAAGGUGAAAGGCGACGAUGACCAAACAGAGAAAGUCGAAACCGAGGAAGCACCAAAAACUGAGGAGAAAAAGGACGGAAGUGAGACGAAGACACCAAAGACCGAGGAGACAAAGGAUGAAACUGACACGGAUAAGCCAGCAAACGAGGGUGUCAAAGAAGACAACGAGGGUGCCGAAGAAGACAACGAGGCUGAAAUCAUGACACCACUGCGAAAGAAUCACACUCCAACUAUAGCGGAGGCAGUCAAGAUGGAAGACGACAGUGGGAGAUACAUCCGCCGCAAUAGGAAGAAGGCAACGUACUACGAUCCAGGGACUAGGAUCGCGGCUUCAAAGUGGCAAACAGACGGUGUUUGGAAGGCACCGGAACAGGCUGACGGUACUCGUGGGAGUGAUGAUGAUGACGAAAUGGACGACGAGUACGUGGACGAGGCCCAAGCAACGCCGGGGAAAUCCAAGGAAGGAACCGACGAAGCCAAGGAAGGCGAUGGUGUUGACAUUGUAGCCAGAGACGUUUCCCCAAAGAAAGCUGGCAAGGAAGGCGCUCCAUGGUGCAAUUUCUGCAAGGAUGACAAAACUAUUGUUGUAUGCUGUUUUUGUGCUUGCAGGGUCUGUUUUGGGAAGCACGAGCAGUCAAAAUUGUUGCUUUGUGACAGAUGCGAUGAUGAGUAUCAUACGUUUUGUCUGGAUCCACCACUCAAAGCUGUACCCUCCACAGGCUGGUUCUGCCCAUCCUGUGUUGCUGCUGAAGAGAAUCUCAGCCAGGUGGGAACCCGAGCUUCCAAGACAAUGUCAUCAUCAGGCACCAAACCCGCGGCAGUGCCGAUCCGAUCUUCUGGGAGAAAAUCGAUACCGGUCUUGUCGCCACCCUCACCCAAGGCAGCAAAGAAGGAGAGCCCCAAAGCCACUUCGGCUGUUGCACAGCCAGUGAAACGCGGACCAGGACGACCACGCAAGCAUCCACUGCCUGAAGAGGCUCCACCUCGCAAACGAGGGCGCCCUCCAAAGAACAAAACUCCGCCUCCACCUGUGGAAUCUCCGCCACCGCGAAAGCGUGGCAGACCACGAAAGCACCCUCUCCCGGAACCAGCCGAGUCCUCGACCAGUAAAAAGAAAGCGUCGCCAACAGCGUCCGAGCCCGAGCCUACUGUCAAGAAGAGAGGACCUGGUCGACCUCCCAAGGUGAAGACGGCGCCGGAACCAACACCUGAGCCACCUGUGAAAAAGCGUGGCCCAGGAAGACCCCCGAAGAAACCGAAAACCCCUCCAGAAGAAGAGCCAGCACCAGCUCCGGCACCGGUCAAGAAAAGAGGCCCUGGUCGACCUCCAAAGGUGAAAACUCCACCGCCAGAGCCGGAACCAGUAGUGGUUGUGCCUAGGAAACGAGGAAGGCCACCGAAAACACCGCCACCCCCUCCUCCAGAGCCGGAACCUGAGUCCGAACCUGAAUCCGAGCCCGAAGUUGUCGUCCCCAAAAAAAGAGGACCAGGGCGUCCACCCAAGGUGUCACGCAAACGAUCCAAGUCGCCAGCACCGCCCAAAAAGGCUUCAGAGGCGAAGCCAAAGGCCGAGGAACCCCCACCGAAACGGGCCAAGGGAGGAUCAACAACGGCUGCAGCAGCCGCUGCCGUGAAAGAGAAGACCGCCCCUCCAGAGGCUGCCAAACCUGCAGUGAAGGUGAGCAGAAGUGGGCGGACGGUGAAGCGAACCUCUUUCCAUGAUGAGAUAGAUGAGGGCGAGCAGCACUUGAAAUCUGUAAAAUACGCGGAACAGCAACGGAAAGCAUCCGAGUUUGUUUCGAAUCAAGCGCCGGAAGAGGAGCCGCCAUUUGUGGAUCCUAACAUCCACGAAUUGGAUUCGCACGACGUACAUGGACUCGAUGCUCAAUUUCUGGAGGUAAUGCCCGAUGUCGGAGACAUGAGUCAUCUGGAAGGGUUGGAGGACAACUUCAGCCACGAGCACAUUGACCUUGGUGGUGUUGAGCCCACUCCUGUGGUGGUGCCAGCACCAAUGCCGCUUGUUCAGCAGGAGGCCGUGUUCCCAGUGCACGCUGAAGAGGAUAUGAAACCUGCUGCUGUGGAAACAGUCCACACAGACUCCGUGCCUCAGGUUCAAGCGCAAGCUGUGGCACCAGUUGAGACAGCUCUGGUACACAUGGUUCAGACGGACCUUGCUUCUCUCCCCACAACACCUGGCACAGGAAUCAUUCAUGCGAUCCCGGAGCCUGCUGUAGUACUAGUAGUACCCACCCCAGCUCCAGCUGUUGAGACUCCUACUGCUGCACCAGCACCGGAACCGCCCAAAGUAGACCAGGUGCAAGCAACCCAAACAACAGAAGUAGCUGCAGUCCCGGUGCCAGCUCCGCCGGCAGCUGCAGUCCCGGUGCCAGCUCCGCCGAUAGCUCCUCCGCAGGCAGCUGUGCCCGUUCCGAAGGCAGCUGUGCCCGCUCCACAGGCCCCAGUACCAGCCCCAACACCGACACUGGCCCCAGUACCGGCGCCAGGGCCUGUUGUAACACCAGCUGCAGCCGCGCCAACAAUUACUCAGCCUCCACCGGUUGCGGCACCAGCUCCUGCCGUUGCUGAAUCGGCACCAGAACCCCCUGCGUCCGUGGAGAAGCUUUCUGGAGUUGAUGAAGCGGUUGUUCCACCAAUCCAAGCUGAAGCUGCAACAUUGAAGCCUCCUCCUGCAGCAUCAGCGGCAUCGGGGGAGACGGAUGCAUCAGCCAACGAACCCACUGUAGCAGCAAAAACCCCGAGGCGUAAACCAGGGGCAAGGGAGUGCAUGCAGAUAUCGCGUAGGUUUGGUGUCUGUCCUCCGACCGAGAAGCAAAUGUCUAUCUUGCUGGAUUACUGUAAACGUGGGAAAGUGGAGCAUUUGAUUCGAAUGAGGGAGCGUCUGGAUGAACACAGUGGGUUCCUCGAGCAGCAAAUUGCUGGUCUAGAAGCACUCGUACAGGAGACAGGGGAAACUGAUGUAGUUGUGCCUGCGAUGCCAGAGGGCGAACAAGGCGAAGGCGGUGCAUAG